GUUCGUUCCAGUCUCCAGGCGCGCAACAGCCGUCGGCUGCACCAGCAACAAGUGCAUCGUGAUCGCCAUGUGGCCGGUCUUCACAGGGAGGACUGCUGCGGCGGUGUGCUCAGAGUUUUGCGCCGAAACGCCGGGCUUAUAACCUGCUGUCACGCAAGGAUAAGGCGUCAGACGUCGUCACCUUCGAGGACCGCGGAGACAGCAGGACAAUCGCUCGAGGUUCCCCUUUUUAUCGGCGACGUGCUCUUGCCGAGCGGUGCGUGAAAGAUGCUUCCCCUGGAUGCGUCGACGGGCAACCUGCUGUGGAUCCUGGUGGUGGGCUUCAUCGUUGCCUUCUUCCUGGCGUUCGGUGUGGGCGCCAACGAUGUUGCCAACUCGUUCGGCACCUCGGUGGGCGCCAAAGUGCUCACGCUGCGACAGGCCUGCAUCCUGGCCACCAUCUUCGAGAUCCUCGGCGCCGUCCUCAUAGGUUACAAGGUAUCGGACACGGUUCGCAAGGGCAUACUCGACGUAUCCAUGUACGAAGGGGCCCCGAAGGAUCUCAUGCUUGGCAAUCUGGCUGCCCUAGGCGGAAGCGCCAUUUGGAACAUCCUGGCGACGGCGUUCAGCCUUCCCAUCUCGGGCACGCACAGCAUCGUGGGCGCCGUGGUGGGCUUCUCGCUGGUGGCGCGGGGCCUGCGCGGCAUCCGCUGGUGGGAGCUGGGCAAGAUCGUCCUCUCCUGGUUCAUCUCGCCCGUCCUGUCGGGCAUCCUCUCCGCCGUCCUCUACAUGCUCAUCCAGUUCCUCAUCCUCAGGAAGGAGAAGCCACUGGAGCCUGGUCUGAGGUCACUGCCAUUCUUCUACGGGUUCACUCUCUUCAUCAAUGUCUUCUCUGUCGUGCACGAUGGACCGCACUUGCUCAGGUUCAACCUUAUUCCUUGGUGGGGUGCCAUGAUCGUCGCUCUCUCCGUUGCUCUGAUCUCAGUCAUUGUCGUCUGGUUCUUCAUCGUUCCUCGUCUUAGGGCCACCAUUGAGAGGGACCUCUCCAAUGACACUGAUAACGACCGAAUAACCAUGACCGAAAAGUCUCCUCUGCUAGCUGACAUUAAGAAACGUGAUGGCCGAGGAGAAUUGGCCCAGGCCACCAAGGAUUUGCCCAAGACCUUGACUUAUUCAUUUACCCCAACUGACCCUGUGAGUGAUGAUGUGAUAGACACUGACGGUAGCAAAAAGUUGAGUGAAGCCGGCAUAAUGAAUGGUGGCCGUGGGUCCAGCAUUGAAGUCAUUUCGGGCAAACUCCAGCACAAUGAUCUUCCAAACCUGCACCCAAACCCGCACCCUCAUCAACCAACACACAAGAGGCUUUCGCUGGUCAUGAUUGAGGAAGCAGCCCUGGCUGUGCCCCCUUGUAAAGAAAACCAUGAUGACGACAAGCCAGAAACAGCGAAGCUCUUCUCGUUUCUUCAAAUUCUCACAGCAGUGUUUGGAUCCUUUGCGCAUGGUGGCAACGAUGUUAGCAAUGCCAUUGGGCCUCUGGUUGCACUCUGGAUGAUCUACUUCGAUGGCAAUGUGUACCAGAACUCUGAGACACCCAUAUACAUCCUUCUGUAUGGGGGAGUAGGAAUCAGCCUUGGACUGUGGAUCUGGGGUAGACGUGUUAUACAAACUUUGGGUGAAGACCUCACCAAAGUCACACCUUCCAAUGGCUUCACCAUUGAGAUUGGUGCAGCCUCGACAGUGCUGCUGGCCUCCAAGGUGGGCAUUCCGAUAAGCACCACACACUGCAAAGUGGGCUCCAUCGUGUUUGUGGGCUGGGUAAGGUCGCGCAAGGGCGUUGACUGGGGUCUCUUCCGGAACAUCGUCAUGGCCUGGCUGCUGACGCUGCCUGUCACCGGAGGCCUGACUGCGGCAAUCACGAGCAUCCUGUACGCCGCCUGCUCCCUGUGAACAUGGCAGCAUCGUUCAUGGUGCCACGCCUAAGUCAUGCUAUGUCACGCCCCAGUCAGACUUACUGCUUUGCCUUAGUCAGUGCGGUCACAUUCACUACUUCAGCGAUGUGGUCAGCGUUGCCACGGACCUUGCGACAAGCAUGAGGCAGCACGCUUCUGGAGAACCAUAAGUCAUCUUCAGCCAAGUGUGACAUCGUGCCGAUAGUGCUUUGUGUGUGCGAAAAUGGUGGCCCACCCAGCACACUCAGGAUACUUUAAAAUGCCAGAAGAGGCGGUACAAUGGAACUUUUCUUUCUGUUUUUCUUUUCUGUUUGGUCCGACCAUGCCAGCUUGGAAGGAAGAACAAACAGUGACAGCCGCGCUGUGACGACUUUUCUAGCUGAUGUGAACAAAUUUUUAAUAAUGUUGGCAGAUAAGUUGCACGUGGUUGGGUAGGAGUAAUUGAAGAAGCAGUGUUUGCUUCAGGCAAUGUGUGUUAAAGUGCAAUGGAGCAACAUCCUUCCACAGGUCGCUCUGGCAUGGCAGGCAUACCUACAGUGCCGUGGGCAUGAGGAAGACUGCAGCAACGUGCCCCCUUAUGUGGACCUUUUAAUCAAACAGAUGGAGAGAGUGUCACCUUGCGUGCUUAUUUUGCGGAGGAAUUGCUGCGGAACUUUUGCUAUUUGUUCUCAUUUCUGGACAUGCUAGUUAUCAGUGGCGUGUCCUUGAGCUCGGAGACACAAAUUCCAGGCAAUGUUAUCUCUACUAUUGUUGGCUCUCGUUAGUGAAAGUGCUCCCUGUUGUUCAUAUUAUUUAGUGAGCCAGGUCUCUCGCAAUAAUGUUUGCGACUAGUCUGCGCAUUGUGUUUUUGGAGACAUGGAAUGUAGCUACGCGAGCAUAAUAGUAAUAUGUAGUCAGCUUUAAUUUUACAAUUACACAGGAACAUUUCAGUGAAGUGGCAGUUCAAGGAGCUUAUUUACACUCUGCAUUGUUGACUGCAUUGUUUUGUGCAGUUGUAAUUAACAUGUAAUCUGUUGUUGAACCUUCCUUGUUCUCUCUGGAUGUCAUGUUGAGAAUGUGGUUGUGAUGGGCGGCUUUACCCUCCGAGAUGAAAGUAGGCUUAAAGGAAGUUAAAGGAUGAUGCUAACAGCAUUGGCAAGAUCUUUCCUUUGCGUACUUUGUCUCCCAAAAGCCAUGGAAGAAAUGCGGUUGGUAAAUAUUGGGCAUAUUGUAGUUGCAAGCCCACAGUUUAGAUGUGCAAUCAAAGACACUUGCAAAUACACUUAGUCGACCCGUAUGUAUUUACCUCAUAGACAUUUGUAACAUAUCCUAAUAAUAGUGCAUGGAACAUGCUAGUGCCAUGUUGUUUUCGUAAGCUAGCCUGUAAUGUAAUGUUCUUACAUGUAAUGCAUACGCUCUUUUUCCACUAGUCUGUCAUGCUAUAUUAAAUGUGAGCCACUGGUGUCAGUACAAGUCAUACCCUCACGUCAGCCUUGUUUGUUAGUUGAACAUGGCCAGUAAACUAUGUCAUUUCACAAGCAUCGAAGUAAUUCAUAAGCAUAAUUAACAGCUGUCUGUUGCAUAGGUAUCAGUCACAAAGAGCAUUUUUGUGUGUUAUAUUACCUAAUAUAAUUACUUGAACACAGCAUACGAACUGAGUCAUUUGCUAGGAAGGCACAGUUAAAGCAUAAUCAACAGUGAGAUUUGAGUGCGUAGUUUCUUUUACAGUUUCUUUUACAAUAUAUCCCAAUUGUUUCCAUGUUUUGCGGAGCUGUGGAGAAAUAUGUUGUACCAUAGCUGUGUAUGAAAAACAUGCUUGCACAAGAAUCAACAAAAACUUUGUACUUUUCCUAACUGCGUGGUCGAGGUAUUGUUAAACUUGCAUGGUGUGCUUUCGAGCAUGUGUACAUUCAAGCACAGAUGUUAAAACUUGCUGUCAAGUUGGAAGGAAGUUGUGAUUACAUUAAGAAUGUUUUAUUGCUUUUAAGUGAGUAGUUUCUCUUGUCUGGGGAAGUCGUUCUUCAGGUUGAUGAAAAGUUUGCCAUGCACUCAAUUUAAAUAGUUUGUUUGCCUCCUGUGCUUUUGACCAAGGGAAAUUUUAAAGAUGGUCAUGCCACAUUUUUUUUAAUCUUUCCAGCUAGGAGGAUGUGUUAUGUUGCUGCUGUUAUACGGAUUGGGCAGCUGUGUUCUGAUUUACAUCUCACUCACUGUGAUCAUGAUAAUUAGUGCAUCAUUCCAUUAAAUAGCCGUGUUUGUUUAUUGAUUGCUCUUAAGAAUAGCUCCUUCACGAGAUCUCCAUAAAGUUGUGCUAUGAAACCAGGCACGUAGCUUUGCUGAAUUUUUACAGAACAGUGCCCAUGAUUGAAAAAGUGACAAGAACACUUUGUGAAGACGUUUGAAGGGCCAGACAGAAAACUAAAUGGUUGGCAAACAAACCUGACAAUUUUAAUGAAGUGAUGCAUUAAUGAUAGCAGUAAAUACACAGAGUUAUACACAGGGGAGUUGUGUGUGCGUACCUUAGAGACUGAGUGACCAAGCAACAAGUGGCAAAUUUAAAUGCUUUGAUGGACAGUGAGAGGCAGAUGUGAUGGCAGUCAUUUUACCUAAUCAUGCUGAUUUUAAGCUGCAAGUUGUAUCUGUUUAGAUUAGGUGCGAUUUUAAAUCUGUCUUUAACUGUCUAAAUUUUUACGGAAAUAAUAGCUUCAAUAAUUUUUCCAGAAAAGUGGGAACUGCAUCUUCAAGUUUUAUGUGAAGUAUCAUUGCUUUUUUUUUUCUGUCCUGUUUAUGUAAUUCAUGAAAGUAACACUUGACAAACCCUGUGUUCACUGGCAAUUUUUAUGUAACUUUCAGUAUCAGCUGCUGUAGUUAUUGUAAAAGGUAUAAAUUAUAGUAUUCAGAUAUAGUGUAAGGGAAUGCAAUGUUAUAAAUUUGGCUACAGACGUAGUAAUUCAUAUGCCAGCUGUCAAUGAAAUUAGUUUUUUCGGAGUUUCCCUGAAUUCGCAGAGAGCAGUGCUCGAGGAAACUAUUUCUGCAUCAAAAUUUUAGGUAGGUUAUAAGGGCGGAAGUUGUAAAGCUUAUUCUAUCAAAUAAAAUGUCUUUGUCUUUCUUUCAGUGAAAAAGAGUGGCAAAAUAUGUGAAUAUAGUGGUUGCGAAAAGCCUCUUAGUGCUAAUGUGCAUGUUUCUGAGUCACAGCUUUGCUCAUAAAUUGUAGUGUUUAAUUACACACCAGAUGUACGACGCUGUAUAUUGGAGACCACUCUAUUGAGACCAACAUCGACUUAACAUUUUUGAGGCUGAAGAAGAGCACUUCUUCAGCAAGAAAAGUUGAUAGUGAUUAUGUGUAGAGCUUAAAAACCCACAGACGCACAUUGUUCAGCCUGCUUUUGGAGCCUACUACCCGAACUUUUGACACACGCUGGUUGUGUGGUCUUAACAAUCUGUUUUCAUAAGCACAGUGUAGCUGGCCUACUGUAUACUCUACCUCAGUGCAAUGGCUUAGUCUUGCAGAUCGAAACAGGUUUUAAGAAAUAGGAGCAGACUAUUAUUUUCACCGGUCUAGCAACUCUACAUUUUUCAGUAGUUACCUACGUCUUGUGUGGUUGCAAACAUUAUUGGGCAUGCUGCUGUACAUUGUUUUAGUGAUAAUCUAAUCAAAAACUGUUAUCAUGCUAUGACCAAAAGAUAUUGUGCCAAGUUGGCCCUCGAAUACUUGGGAGCUAUGUCCUCCAAAAUGGGCUAAUACUGCAGUACAAGGUAAUACAUAACUAUAAUAUGGCACAAAGACUUUCUUUGUUUUUAUGUUAGUUUGUAAAUGCUGCUACUUUUCUUGAAGGCAGAACACUAUAUUGGGGAAUUCUGUUUUAAAUGCCUAGAUAGUAUGUUCACUGUAUGAAUUUCUUGGUCAGAAAUACAUGUCCUCUUGUGUGCUUGAACUUUGUUAAUGGCUGACACUUGGCAUGGGUCGUUUUUUUAGGAUCGCACAGCUUUGAGAGUUAAUUGAUGGAUACAUAUUUUUGCACUGCAUCCCACUUUCCUUGACUGUACCCAUUUCUUUUUCCCACUGCCGUUUUUAGAUAGACAUUAAAUCUUGGCAGCUUAGGACCUGAAAGCAUUGCAUUGUGGUCUCUGCCUUGGAAUCGAUUGGUUCAGUGCCGAAGCAGAAGUGGUAACUGUAGAUACAGAGGCUAGACAGAAGUGCUAAAUCCAAUAUGUGCUCCAAGCUAGCUAUGUUUCAAGAUGAGCUGUAAUUGAUUUGCUCACUUCCUUUAACGCUUGUUUUAUGUUAUCAACAAAGCUUCUGUUUCUUUAGAAUGGUUUGCUGAAUUGUGUUGCCGCAUUGGUAUCAGUACACAGUUUGAUUGUAUUGUAUGCUUGCAAACAAGACAGUCAUGGUUGCUAUACUAAAGAUCUAAAUAUUUGAAUUUUUUUAAUGUUAUUGUUUUAGAGCUGCUUAGCUGGAAUCUGACUGAUUGGUUGGUGCAAGGUUAUUGGUGCUGCUUCAAAUCUGCUGGGUAUAAUUUACACGAGUAGAAAUUCACAUGCUAUAAAAUUGAUUUUUCUAUA